AUAUUUAUUUUAACCUUUAUUUUAAUCGUGUUAACAUGAUAAGCAGCAAGACUCAAAUACUUAUUUAAGAGUUUUCCUGUUAGGCAUGGGUCACACAGAUAAACAUUUUCUAAAUCUAAUACUGAAGCUGCAGACGCAGUCUUCAACUCACGGGUUCCCUCUAGUGGUCUUUUAAAAAAUUGCACKUUUUCCAAAUAAAACUGCAUCAUUUCAUUAGAUGCCCUGGAUUUUCUGUUUAGAUAAGGCGGUUUUUAUAAUAACAAUAAUAUUAGUAAUCGUAAAAAUAGUCAUACUAAACUGAUUUAACAGACCCUCUACUGCGCGUGCGUGGAGCUGUAAACUGUCAGCGCGCUUUAAAUGUCUCCCUGUGCGCGCGACCGAGCUGUUGCGAGGGGCGAUCGGAUCGGGGCCGCGCGCAGGAAAGCGGAUGACCACCAAGGAGCUGUCACGUCACGGAUCCGCAGCGAGAUGCUGAGGUGACAAGCAGAAGAGGGAACGGCACGACCUUUCUCCCCGUCCCUCCACACACACACACAGUAUUUCCCCUCACACCGGUUCUUUUUUUCUUUUUUUUUUCUCCGAUCACGCCAACACCGCCUCCCCUCUCUCUCUAUCCCUAUGGACGGUCCGCGCGUCAUGGCAUUCCUCUCGAUGUCGUACGCGCCGCUUCGAAACCUUGAGGAUAUUUUGUAACCACACCCGGCUCUUCUUUGGAUCAAGGAUUGCCUAGGUCUCUGCAUCAGCUUCCAAAUGCCCGGCCCCGUGUGAGGCUCCUGGUCGAAGGGCAGCAGCGAGGGCAGCGUCCCCGGAUCCACAGGCGGGAUGAGCGGGGGAGCGGAGCAAGCUGACAUCCUGAGCGGCCUCUCCCUGGUCAAGGAGCGAUGGAAAGUGGUAAAGAAGAUAGGAGGUGGCGGUUUCGGRGAGAUCUACGAGGCKCAGGACCUGCUGACGCGGGGCAGCGUGGCGCUGAAGGUGGAAUCGGCCCAGCAGCCCAAACAGGUGCUAAAGAUGGAGGUCGCCGUCCUGAAGAAGCUUCAGGGUAAAGAUCACGUCUGUCGCUUUGUAGGAUGUGGCCGCAACGACCGCUUCAACUAUGUGGUGAUGGAGCUUCAGGGUCGAAACCUGGCAGAUUUGAGGAGGAGCAUGCCUCGGGGAACGUUCAGCAUCAGCACCACCCUACGCCUGGGGCGCCAGAUCCUGGAGGCCAUAGAGAGCAUUCACUCUGUCGGAUUUUUGCAUCGAGACAUCAAACCGUCCAACUUCGCCAUGGGCCGUUUCCCCAGUACCUGUCGGACUUGCUACAUGCUGGACUUUGGCUUGGCUCGUCAGUUCACCAAUUCCUGUCAGGAGGUCCGCCCUCCUCGUCCAGUCGCAGGGUUCAGGGGAACAGUUCGCUACGCCUCUGUGAAUGCGCACAAGAACAAGGAGAUGGGUCGUCAUGACGACCUGUGGUCUCUCUUCUACAUGCUGGUGGAGUUUUUGGUCGGGCAGUUGCCGUGGAGGAAGAUUAAAGACAAAGAACACGUGGGGAAACUGAAAGAGACUUACGACCAUCGCCUGAUGCUCAAACACCUGCCGGCAGAGUUUGGCGUAUUCUUGGAACACAUUUCUAGCCUUGACUAUUACACCAAGCCCGACUACCAGCUGUUGAUGUCGGUGUUCGACAACAGCAUGAAAACCUACAACGUUGUGGAAAACGACCCUUACGACUGGGAGCGAACCAGCACAGAUGGCACUCUGACGAUCAGCGCCAGCGCCACAACCCCGCAGCAUCACACCCGACUCACUCCCGCGCAGAUGGGCAUUGUGAACGCCUCUCUGAUCCCCGGCGACCUGCUGAGGGAGAACACAGACGAGGUUCUGCAGGACGAGCAGCUGAGCGACGUGGAGAACAACCCCGGCCCCGACCGUGUGCCGGGCUCCCCCCACCACCAGCAUCGCAACCAGGAGGCCGACGUCUGGGAAGAGCUGGACCGAAACCGGAACCGGAUCAGGACGGGACACUGGAAGGCUGCGGCAGAGGAGGAACAAGGCAACAACCAGGCCAGACAAGGACACCAGAGCCCCUACGCAGGGCCAAGUCUGGGCUCUCCCGUCAAACCGCACUCGGAGGCGGUGGCUUCUGAUCGGGAGGGCCCUCCCCUGAGGAAGCUCCGCAACAUCCACAGCUUGGAGCUGGAGAGGAGGCUGGGACUGGAGUCAAAGUCCAGCCCAGAGCGUCUCCUGGAUAACUGUUUAGGGAAACAACAGUUUGGCGCCCAGCACCAGGGCAUGGAGGCUGCUGUCGUUCCAGCAACUCAGGGUCAAGCUGGGUCCGCCGGGGAGCGCCCCGAUCGCGUCUGGCAUUACGACGAGGAGUUCCUGUCCGGAGCCGGUUCUCCUAAACCGGCUUCACCGGCGUCUUUUGAGCAGGGAGAGGGGGCGGCCAGUAGUGGUGGCUUUGUGGCGCUUAAUCUGAGCUCUGGGAGGCAGGACAUUGACUCGAGGGAGUGGGUAAUGGUGGAGCGACCCAGUGGCUCCCCCGGAGCCAAAGCCACGGCAAGCCCAUCGGAGGAGGAUGAGGAGCCGGAGGUGCUCCAACCGGAGGAAGCAUCUCCCGGAUGGGAAAAGAGAAGCCCGACCCCUAACUCUGGCAGAGCCAAGCAAGAAAGCGCGGCUUCCUCCAAAGGAAGCGUAAAAGUGGACAAGUUGGAGCUCAGUGUGGGCCCCGCGGGGGCUCUGCCUCCUAUUACCCCAACCAGUCCAGCUGAAGCUCUGGCUGAGGGAAUCCUGACUCAGUUCCCCACCUCACCUCCGUCUCUACCCGAGGAGGUCUUGGCGCGGACGUCCAGCCCCAUCCCGCUGCGCUCUCCCAGCCCUCACACCCUCCUCACCACGCUGUCGGACCCGCUGCACCUGCGCCAGUCAGCGGGCUUGAGGCGCAGCCAGUCCGCCGACCAGCAGCCGCAGCAGCAACGCCCUUCCUCCUCCACCUCCUCCCUCCCUCUGCCAACAAACCCUUCCCCGGGCUCUCGCUCGCCCAGUCGCAGGAAGCUGCCGGCCAUCCCUGCCGGUGCCGCCAACGCCAAGUUUCCCUCAGUCAUACGUAUCACCCGCGCCCAGCUUCAGCAGCUGACAGCUCAGCGUCCUUCAGGUCUAUCCUCGCAGUCGGGAUCAGACAGCGCUCCACAGUGCCUCCUGCUGGAGAGGCGUGGUGAUGCUGAAGGUGAGACUCAGCAGAUCAACUCCCAGCAGGAACAUGCGCCCACCCAUCCGGGGACGCCGACGGACCCGCUGGCUGAAACGUUGGCGAAUGGGGACGCUCACGCCAAAGCUCAAAGCCCCGUGCCAAGCCGCGCGUCUUCUCCUCGCUCCCCCCGCUCCCCCCACUCGCCUCAUCAGUUCUCUCCUCGCAGCCCCCUUUUUGCCAACGGCUGCGUCUCUCUGCCUUGUAAUGCCCAAGCCGCUGGAGAGCUCUCGAAACACAAAGACCCCAAAAAUGACGCCUCCCCGGCCCCAUGUGCGAUGGAGGCACAGACUAGGGAGGAAGACAGGGGCAAUGUGACUCUUACCCCCUCCUGCUCCUCGUCCGCUGCCCCCCGCAAGGACCCCAGCCGCAGGCAAAGUCGCAUCCCCGUGCUUGAGCCCUCCAGCCUGCUCGAGCUCCCCCCUCCGGGGUCAGCCAAGGAGAAACUUUUGCAGAAAAAAGCCUGCCACCAUGGCCCCGUCCCCUCUCCUACCGCCUCCCCGUCCCUCUCUGAUCGCCGCGGCGCCGUAGCCUCCCUCGUCAGGGACCCGCUGUCGUCCGCCUCCGACCGCUCUCAGGACGAGGACUCCCUCGUCGGCUCCCGCUCCGACCGCCAAGGGGACGAGGGUCUGUCUUUGUCCUCCUCCUCCAGCCCCCUCUCUCGGAAGAGCAGGAUCCCUCGUCCCGUUCACUCGGCCGCCUCCGCAGAGCAGCUGACCGCCCAGUUCCUGCCGCGCCCGCCCCCGGGGAAGCCACCUUGUCGCACCCAAGUGGAGGGCAGACUCAGGCGCUACCGCAUCCGGGCUGUUAGCACCAGCGACUCGAACCUCCUGUCAUGCAUCGCUCAGCUGAUGCAUGGCACCCGCGGCUCCCCCCUUCACCACCGCUCCCCGGUGCAGCACGGGGCCUCCAGGAUGGGCGUCUGCAGCCUGACCAGCUCCCCGCAUCACCACCACCAUCACCACCAUCACCACCGCAGCUCCAGCGCCUCGCCGCGCAGCUCCUCCUCGCUGCAGCGUUCCGUCAGCUCCUCGCCGUCCCGCCACGAGCACCGCGGCGGAGGCGGCGGAGGCGGCGGGGGCUGCCUGGGCCGGAGCCACUCGCCCCCCAGCUUCUCGGGGUCGCCGCCUCCGCGCCGCUUCUACCUCCACCACCAGGAGACGUGUUGCAGUCGGCAGGCGCGCACGAGCCCGCUCCACCUGUCCCGGGGAAAGGGCUGCAGCCGAGAGGGCAAGUGCUCCAGCAAGCUGAGCAGAUAAUUUCGCAACCCGAUUGUAAACGCCAUAGCGAAGGAAGUGAGGAUUCCAGUGACGAUAGGAUAGACGUCAGUUGGAAAAUAGGCCUGAGUCUUCCUGUUCAGUCAGUAAAACACCUCGUUCCUCUUUUGUAUUAUUAGUUCCAGACCUCCUUCUCUUCCAAGCGUUCCCCUCCUCCCGUGUUUGCACACAGGGUUUGUCUGACCUUUCAGAUGUUUUGACUACUUGCUAACUUAAAUAUCAGCUUUCGUUUCAAUUUCAUCUUUCAAACUGAGCCUCGCAGGUAUAACUAGCAAGAAAAAAAAGAGGCUACAUGCAGAUACUCGUAUUACUAAAGCUGUGUCUUUAUCAUGCUGCAGGUAGUAGUAUAACAUAGAACAAUAGCUACGUUGAGCCUUUAUCUUUGACCUAUCCUGUACAUUGACAUACACCAAUCAGGCAUAACAUAACCACCCACAGGUGAUGGGGCAACUUUGAUUGAGUAGGAUAGUAGUAGGGAGCAAGUGAAUAUUUUCUCCUUAAAGCUGAAAAAAACUGGGGAUUUGUGUGAGUUUGACAAGAGCCAAGUUGUUCUGGGUUCAGUAUCUCUAAAGCUGCCGUUCUCUUAGGUCGAUCCCUGACUGCUGUGGUUGGUAUCAAUUAAAAGUGGUCCAAAGAGGGAGCAAUAGCGGGUCGGCAAAGUUGAGAGUUAUAAGCGUCGGGGUGGAUCUGUUUGGUCCAACCAAACAAAUGAAAUACUCCAGCUCGAUUGCUUAAGAAAAUUGUGCCAUUUCUAAUAGAAAAGUGUCACAACACGCAGUGCUUCAGAGUUUGUUGCGUAUGCGGCUGCAUGCAACAACCCCCCUCCACUCCCCUGUUCACUGCUGCACAACAAUGGCCAGGUGAGCAUCUGGUGAAAGGGACAAAAUCACCUUUUCUUUUAGGUCAAAUGGAGAACAUGUGUAAUCUGGGGAAUAUGGGCCCAUGAUGGCAUUAAAAAAACUGGAUGGCACCAGAUUAAAAACAUAAAAAACUUCUGUGCUAAAUAAGUUUCUCUACUGCCUUAAUGUGCAGUCAAUGGGAAGUUGGCAACCCGUGCUUGCUGCGGAGGGAGGCUGUGUAAGGUGGUUUGUGAGGAACUUCACAAACCACCUUCUUGGAAUCUCAAACUUCCUCCAUUUUUGAUUGGUUGGAGUUUAGCACAGGGUGCCGUUCAAGCAAGAACUGCUGCUGCUUAGAAACACAUGCGACUAGGAAACCAUGAUAGAAGAAGGUAGCCCAGGAGAAGAAGUGUAAUGCUUUUGAUGAUGUUUCGUUGGGUUUCGUCCCUUUCACCAGUUGGCUGUUGUAUUAUUGUAGACCACGCACGAACAUCCUUUCGUGGAAGUGAUGAUCCCUAGUGGGUUUGGUCUCUUUUAGCAGGACAAUGUGCUUUACGUCGGUACAAAAUUGUUUCAGGAAUGCUGCUAGGUUUUGACUUGGCCUCUAAUUCCUCCUGAUCUCACUGGAGUCGAGCCAUUUUUGGAUGUGCCGAAACAUUUUUGCAACUUAUGGAACCUAGAAGGAUCCUGGACACCCUACCACACACCACACCUUCUGGGGGUUUGGUGGAGUCCAAAACCUUGAUGGGUCAGAGCUGUUUGGCAGCUGAUACCGACCCGCUACCUGGCAGGUGGUUAUAACGUUAUGCCUGAUUAGGUGUUAGUAGCGGUUUAAUUCUUUUUUUGUUUGUUUGUUUUUUGUUUUUUUUUAAAUGCACUUGGGAAUUACAGUGUAGCUGAUUCCAACUCAAUGAAGAAUUUGCCUCGGUUCUGCUUUUGGAGACUGCACGCAGGGUAUUAUAGUACGUUUUUGCUAAAGUAAGCUAUACUUUGUCUAAAGUUGUUUUUUAUUGAAGUAUUUAUUGUAAAGCUUCUUCAGACCUCCUUCCCCAGACGUGUGACCCGUCACAUUAGUUUUAAGUGUUUAAUCGGAGGGAUUGCUCGGUGGCCCUCUAUACAAUCAGCCGUGUAAAGUGCGUGACAUCGCGCACCGUUUUGUGCCUACUGUGAUGCUGUGAGGUUAACUUAGGAUUUUUAGGACAGAAAUAAGUGGAUCAUGUUUUUUUUUUUUUUCUCAAGUGGUCGCGGUUGACGUAGCCUGAACAGCAUAAGGUGCGUUACUGGUGAGUAAUGCAUGGACGCAGACGUUUCUCUCAGCAUGUGCCUUGGCACUUUGGGCAGCUUAAAGAUUUACUCUCAUGUGUUUGUAAUUUGGGAAUAAAAGGCCAAAAAGACGUGUGCCAGCACUUAAAAUGUUGAACCUUUACAUUAAUCUUUAUUUCUAUAACCAAGGUAGCAAGAAGGACAUUUUGUAGUUUUUGGACAAAGUAGCUCCUUGGGGGUUAGGGGAGGGAAGGGACAGUUUAUCGGUUUCAGGGUUGAUGUAUAUCUUUGUGUCGCUGUUUUUGGCUUUGAACAAAAGCAACCCCCCACCCCCAAAAUAAAAAAAAACACAAAACCCUCUGAUAAUACAGAAAAUUGAGGCCAUAUGAACAUUUUACAAAACAAAACAAUGCUUUAAACCUCCAUGUAUCCUGCACUGAAGACCGUUCCUGGCUGCUGUUUUAUCAAUUUUAUCUUAACUCCUCGCUAUGCCUCCUCCUUCUGGACCCUUCACUUGUACGAUACUGCUAACUUCAGCCUCCUUCACGUUAUACCAGCUGCUGAGCAAAAGAGUCGCACAGCGUGUUGCAUCAAGUGGUAUUCUUCAUUUAACCCAAUGAGAACAUCAGUACCUGAAUAAGUCAACAGAUUUCGUUCCUUAGACCCUGUGUCUUUGUGCUUCUUGUCCUGAUUUGGGUCAAUUAUGUUGCGGCUUACAGUUCCUUGGAAAAAUACUGACACAUCUCCAAAAGUUGUACUCGAGUAAGAGCAACACUUCUUAAAAAAUAAUUUUUACUCAAGUAGAAGUAAAAAGUAGCCGUCCGAGAAUUCACUCAAUCAAGAGUAAAAAAUAUAUUUUAAAUAUUUUAAAACCACACCAUCAAAUGGACUGAAAUAUAAACUUAUGUGGAAGUUUUGGUAUUUUAAAAAUUAAAAUGGAAAUGACUCGUACAAAUAACAUAAUUCCAACAUAACAAAACCAGACAAAAUGAAAUUUUUUCCCAAAUCAAUUUUUUUCUAUAUAAAACCUAUGAAACUUCAACAAAAUACUUUAGGUGCGUGUUUGUGUCCAGUGAAUUUUUGGUUGAAAGAAGCUUCUUCUCCAUUCAGUAAAGUUACUCACAGUAGGUAGAGUAUCUAUAAAAGUUACACUAAUAAGAGAAGAACAUACUUCAUAAUGAAAAUGCUCAAGUAAAGAUAAAAAGUACAGUGUAGCAAAAAUACUCCUAAAAGUUUUUGUUUGUUUGUUUGUUUGUUAUUUCAAAAUGUUACAGAAGUAAAUGCACACGUAGCUUGUUAUUACUACCCAAAUCUGGUCAUGUUACAAUCGAAAACUGAAAUUUUAUUUUAUUGAGAGUUUAUGUGAUACAACAAAAUAGUUCAUAAUUGUGAGGCGAAAGGGUAGAAAGGUUUUUCACAAUUUCUACAAAAGUUCAGAUUGGACGGAGAGCGACUGAACAUACACUUUCAAGUCUUACUACAGAUUCCCAAUUGAGCUUAGGGCUGGACAUUGACUAGGCCAUAUGAUUAGAUUUAAAUAGUCCAUUGUAGCUCUGGUCCAUUGUAGUGUCUAGCCUUUUGCAACCUAUUCAUUGUUUUACCUUCUGGAAUGCUCUGGAUUUAGUUUUAUUAACCCACGACCAAUGUCCUGCUAAAAAAAAAAAAAAGUAUCUCCACCAUCAUGAUUCACCAUGGCAAUUGUGCUACAAUGGCAGCCAUCAUUAUAUAGUGCAUUACAUUUGGAUUUUAUGUGACUUUAUCUGGCCUGUAUUCAAAUAUCAUGUUUUGAUAUUUAUUCUGACACUGCUAAAUAAAAUCCAGCGUGACUGUCACUCUAAACAACAGUGGAAAGGUUCUACUAGUGUGCAUAUAUUUUUUUGCAAGGCACUGUACAUGAUGCUGUUUUUAGUACUGCAUUCCACUAAUCUGAUGCACAAAAUGGAGGAGAUUGUAGUCGUAUGAGAUCCUGCGUGAUUAGAUGCUGCUAUACAUAAGGACAAAGACAAUGGUGACAUUGCCAAAUAUUUUUGAUGGCUCGAGCUGAGAUGCGGCUCGCUCUCAGAUGUGAAAUGGUCCCGCUUCUUUCGACUCGCGCAGAUUAGUCUCACCGAGCAGCUCUGAUGACUCAUCCCGAAGGCGGACAGCGUUCAGUCAGAACAGCCUUAAAUGCCUCUUCCCUGCCCCUCUGUAUAUAUAGCGAGGGAUGACUGAGCCUUGUCUGUGCUGGAGAUCGUUUCACCACUAGAGCAAAAAACGGAAUAUUCCUUUCUUCUCUCCUGUCCGUACUGUUCCUCGGAGAUCCAGGAAUAAUAAUAAUAAUUAAAAAAAGGCAAACUUUUGUGUGCAAAACCACCCUGAAGUGUACCUGUAUUCCACAAAUGAAAUAAGAAAAACUUGGGGGGAGCUGGUCAAUCUCCAUGGCGUAUGUUUGUAGUAAUUUCUUUUUAUUUAUUAUUUUUUUACAUCCAAUAUGUGAACUGUCCCGCAGACAUCAAAGUACCCUCAGCUGUUAAAAUUCAUUACGCAGACUUUUAAUAAAUACCUGUAAGAUAUUCAGUCGUAUUUAAAUUUAAAAACAAAACAGUGUUGUAAAAAAACCCCAAAAAAACCAAUAACUUAUAUGCUUCAAUGAGAGGAAGGAACAGAUGCUAAACAAUGCUGCUGGUUUUCUAUGAUAAUGAGAUUUCGUCAUGGUUUUUCUUAUUAAUGCACAGAAGUGGUGUGUGUAGUCAUAGUGUAAGUGUUUCUGUCCAAGUUAGAUUUCCUUUGUCACUUUUGAAAGUGACUUGCAGAUAGAACGGUGUCGUUUUUGUUGUUGUUUUUUUUUAUAUUAGUGGUUCCUUCUACACACAGACCAAAAGAGCAAACUUAUCUCUGUUCUGGCUUUUGUUUUCUUCUUCGAAAAAUGAGGUAAAAUAAAAAAACACUGUUCAUGCCACAUUAGAAUACUUGUCAAUGACUUAGAAAUGCUUGACUUGAAUUUAUUUAUUUUGACAUUAGCUUCAACUUUAUUUUAAAUUCAAAAAUCAGGAUUUUUUUUUAUGUUUAAUAUUUUUUUAUUUGCUGUAGCAUAUGUCAUUGUUUUUGAAAUGUCACUGUACAGCUUCAAGGAAGGAAUGUAACAAGUGGGAUUUUUGCAUUGUAUAUACCUGUAAUUAUUUAUGUUUGAUAUUUUAUUUGUAUCAUAUAAAUGCUUUGUACAGUGUUUCUUUAAUUUUGUUUUUAUUUUAGAAUUAUUUUGUAUUUUAUUUUUAUAAACUGGUUAUGAAUAAAAUACUCAUUCCGCAUGCAGACAGAACUGUUUGACAUAUUCUUGUUUAGAAUUCUUGGCGCUAGAUGAAGAAAUAAUUUAUACGACCCUGCUCAUGCUGUGCAAAAUGUAAAUAAAAACCUUACAGUAAACCAUUGGA